AUGGCGCAGGCCGCGCCCGCGCCCCAUCGCACCCACUCCUUCGCCAAGAAGACCUUCCACAAGCCCACUUACUGCCACCACUGCUCGGACCUGCUGUGGGGGCUCAUCGGCCAGGGCUACGGCUGCGAAGUGUGCAACUUUAUAGUGCACGAGCGGUGCGUGGGGCAAGUGGUGACGCCGUGCUGCGGGGUGGCGCCGAGCCUUAUCAAGAACCCGGUGGCUCAUUGCUGGUCCGAGCCGACACACCACAAGCGGAAGUUCUGCACAGUGUGUCGGAAACGGCUCGAUGAACUGCCAGCUUUACAUUGUAUGAUAUGCGAGUACUACGUCCACGGCGAGUGCGUGGACUUUGCGGCGGCGGACUGCAAGGAGAACGCGACGUACUGCGCGGGCAGUGAGCCGCGCCACGUGCACCACUGGCGCGAGGGCAACCUGCCCGCCAACUCCAAGUGUGCCGCCUGCCGCCGCGCCUGCUGGUCCACCGAGUGCCUCACCGGCUACCGGUGCGAGUGGUGCGGCAGCACGUGUCACGCUGGAUGCCGUAAUCUGAUCCCUGAAGAAUGCAACUUCGGGAUGCUGCAGCCGAUCUUUCUUCCUCCAUCGGCGGUUUCAAUACCUCGGACGGAGGUGCCGAUGGAGGCUAUAAUCGGCGUGCACGUGCGCCCCCCACCCUCACAGCGGGACUUUGGAUGCCCGCGCAGCGUGAGCGAGGAGUUCAGCUCGGGGUGCGAGGGCCGCUCAACCUCCGGCGGCGGCUCGACAGGAGCGCCUGCCGAUCAGGAACACCGACCCGACCACAAGCAACAUCGUGAUAGGACCCCUGAUGAUAGGGAUGAAGAGGUGGUCAAAGUGUACGACGGUGAAGCGGCGUGGACACGUCGCCUCUAUCGGCCGGUGGUGGUGGGUCGGAACUGGAAUGAGCGGGAGUUGGUUUCGGCGGCGCUACGGGCCUUCCACGUGGCCCGAGACCCCGAACAAUUUGAAUUAACGGACGCCCUAGCUGGUGACGAACCUCCGUUAAAGGAUCCAACGCCUCUGGCUAAGGUCACACGCUUACCUAAUAAAAGGCCUUCGCUCUUCCUGCGUUUCAAGGAGCCAGAAACCGGCGGCGGCGAAGUGCGCGUGUUCCCGGGCCGAGUGGCCGGCGCCGGCGACACGUUCGUGACGGUGGCGUGCUCGGGCGAGCACGCCGUCGCCGACCUCAUGGCGGCCGCGCUCGAGCGCUUCGGCCUUGACCCCGAGCGCGCCGUGCACGACUACCGCUGCUCAGAGAUUCUACUUGAUCGCGGUGCAGUAUCAGAACGCGUCCUCGAGGAGGACGAAAGGCCUUGGCGCAUAGUGGUGCGGCUUGCACGCGAGUCGGUCCGGCGCAUGGAGCUGGCUCGCUUCUACCUGCAGCCGCGCCGAGACCCCCACGGGCCCACACUCGCGCUGUUCGUCGCCUCUCUACCUCCCGGCCUCUCCGAGCGCAACUACGAGAACAUUCUCGUGGAGUUCCUCGGUACCGAAAACAAGUUCACGUCGAUCGGUCCGAUUUACUAUGAAUACGGGUCGAUGGUGAUCACGUACGAGGACGCCAGCAAAGCUGUGCGUGCGCUCUAUGCACUCCGAGAGGCCAAAUAUGAAGAUAAACCUUUAUUAGUUAUGUUACUGCCGAGCAUCGAACCGUCAAUGGUCCCGGCGGGUGUAAAACCACUUCUAGUUUUCGUGAAUGUGAAGUCGGGUGGCUGUCAGGGUCUGGAACUUAUCUCAUCGUUCCGGAAGCUUCUCAACCCUUACCAGGUGUUCGACCUUGAGAACGGCGGCCCCCUGCCAGGAUUGUACGUGUUCCGGCACAUCCCCAACUACAAGAUCUUGGUUUGCGGCGGCGACGGCACCAUCGGCUGGGUGCUGCAGUGCCUCGACAACGUCGGCCAGGACUCGCAGUGCUCCAACCCACCGUGCGCCAUCGUCCCUCUCGGCACUGGUAAUGACCUUGCCCGCGUUCUACGCUGGGGCUCGGGCUACACCGGCUGCGAGGACCCGCUGUCGCUGCUGCGUGACGUCAUCGACGCCGAGGAGAUCCGUCUCGACCGUUGGACCGUCGUCUUCCACCCUGAGGAUAAGCAGGACGAGCCCAAAGAGCUCUCCAAACAGCUACCCGCAUCUGUGACCACAGGGUCGCAGAGUGAAGACAACUCGCAGAUACUGGUCAUGAACAACUACUUCGGCAUUGGCAUCGACGCAGAUCUCUGUCUCGACUUCCACAAUGCGAGAGAGGAGAACCCCAACAAGUUUAACAGCAGGUUACGCAACAAGGGCGUGUACGUGAAGAUGGGGCUCCGUAAGAUGGUCGGUCGGAAAAUGUGCAAAGAUCUGCACAAGGCGGUCAAGCUCGAGGUGGACGGAAAGCCGGUGGAACUGCCCGCCGUCGAGGGCAUCAUCAUUUUGAAUAUACUCAGCUGGGGCUCCGGAGCGAACCCGUGGGGCCCCGAGAAGGACGACCAGUUCAACAAGCCCAACCACUGGGACGGGAUGCUGGAAGUAGUGGGCGUCACCGGAGUCGUGCACCUCGGACAGAUACAGUCCGGCCUGCGCGGCGCCAUGCGGAUAGCGCAGGGCGGACAUAUAAAAAUAAACCUAAAGAGCGAGAUUCCGGUACAAGUAGACGGAGAGCCUUGGGUCGCAGCGCCCAGUGAAGUCGUGGUGCUCAAGUCGGCCCUCAAGGCGACGAUGCUGAAGAAAACGAAGCGCGGCUCGGGGUCCGCGGGCCCCGGCGGUGGCCCCUCGGGCGGCCCGUAG